AUGGCUGAGGUUUCUAAGCAGUUUAUUUGGAGGCUAGGAAGAGGUAAUCAAAUUCUGUUCUGGGAGGACUAUUGGAUGGAUGGGGGGAUAGCUCUUCAAGAUAAAUAUCCAGAGCUAUAUCGUAUUUCCUUGCAAAAACAGCAUACAGUAGCAGAGUUGGGCUCUUUCUAUGAAUCGGGGUGGGAAUGGAAAUUCUCUUGGAGUUGGGUUUGGGGAACUGCUUCUAAUGGGAUAUUCUCUUCUAAAUCUGCUUAUGUUUGCAUUAAAGCUGAGCAGUCUUCUGAAGAUCAUUAUCUUGGUUUCUGCCAGCUGUGGGAUACUAAAAUUCCUCCUAGAGCCUUAACCUUUGCGUGGAGAUUGCUUUGGGAUAGGCUUCCUUCUAAGGAGAACCUAUCCAGGAGACAAGUUGAUCUUGCCAAUGACUUAUGCCUCUUCUGUCAAAGCAAUUCUGAAUCUGCUUCUCAUCUGUUUUUCACUUGUAAAAACGUUAUGCCUUUGUGGUGGGAAUUUAACACUUGGGUUAAGGAGGAUAGAGCUCUUCACUGCAGGCCCAUGGAUCAUUUCCUUCAGUACUCCUCCAUAGCAGGUUCGAAGGCUUCGAAUACAAGAAGGAAAAUUUGGUGGAUAGCAGCUACAAGGUCCAUAUGGAAGCUCCGAAAUAAUGUGAUCUUUCAUAAUCAACCUUUCCACAUUUCUAAGUUGGUGGAUAACACUAACUUCCUCACUUGGUCCUGGUUGAGGGGGUGGGAAAAGGACUUCAAUGCCCCUUUUCAUCAAUGGUCCUCAGCCAUGUCUAUGGCCUUUAUUUAG